AUAAUCGUAAGGUACUUACUUUGCAACAAGCUUGGACUUCCUUCAAUCAUUUGACAGAAUCAGAGGUGUCAUAUGGGUUUAUUGCGCAGUUGGCGGGAUGUUCUGUUGCCGAAGUGAGACAAUAUUUUACGGGAAAGCGUAGGUCUCGCAACGCAACCCAACCACCCUCGCCUGCUUCGACUUUGUCUUCACCUCCCGAGUUCACAAGUGAGUCCGAGUUCAAUGACCUUUCCAAAGCCCUUACCUUAUCGGCUACCAACAAAACCCGGAACACGAAGAACCCGAAAAAAGGAAGCAGAAAAGCGAACGUACGUCCACUUAGUGCCAUUACUGGUGAAUCAUCAAUUGGCUCACAGAAUGAUUCUUUAGUAAAAGAUGAGUUGACGUACGAUGAUGCCGAACCCGGUCAGCAACGAAAAUCAAAAAAGCAACGCACAAGGAAAAAGACGUCAGAAUCAUCUGACUUUGUUUAUACAGACGAAAUAAAGAAGUCUAGAAACAAACGCAAGGAGCUUCCCUCAAAUGGUGGUGAAGAUCAGAAGAAGCAUUUCAAGCGUAAAAGAAGUGAUCUACCGCCUAUUUUUGUACGCGAAAUUAAUGAAAUGACCAAUUCGAUAGAAAUCACGUUUCUGGGUACUAGUUCCUCGCAGCCCACGCCCGAUCGUAACACGUCAUCAUUAGCAUUAACCAUCGACGGAACAUCAUGGUUAUUUGAUGUGGGAGAAGCCACGCAACAUCAAAUCCUCAAGGUCUCAAACAUCAAAUGGGGCAAAAUUGAUCGAAUCUUUAUCACUCACUUGCAUGGCGAUCAUAUUUUUGGACUGUCUCCCUUGCUAUGCACAGCAACCAACAAUUUGACCACAACUUCUUCAGGUACCGCAAGGCAUCCUAUUGAAAUCUAUGGGCCUUCAGGACUUCGUAAAUUCCUUCGCCAAACGCUAAAACUCACGCGGUCUUUUCUCGGUCGCGAUUAUAUGGUUCACGAAUUACUUUUUCCGGAAGAUCCCGUGGAUCAACCCGACGAGAAAGAAUUAUACGAUUUUGAACAAUUAGGAAAAAACAUACAGUUACAAAGGUCAGGCGAUAAUUUGUAUUGGGAAGUUAUUGAUGGAAAAUCGUAUAAAAUUACAGCGGCACCAAUCAAGCAUUCGAUUCCAUGCUUGGGUUACGUAUUUUCGGAAAACUCGUUACCAGGAAAAAUUGAUGCUCAAGUAAUAAAACCAAUCUUGCUACGCAACAAAGAAGCAUUGGGAAUAAAAAAUCCAAUGGAACUUAUGAAGAAAUUGCAAAAUGGAGAGACUCUCCACUUGCCUGAUGGUACGAUAAUCGAACCGCCACCACGACGUCCGGGACGCAAGAUUGUUCUCCUGGGUGAUACUUACGAUCCAUCGGGCAUCAUUCAUUUAGCCAUGAAUGCUGAUGUGUUGGUACACGAAGCCACCAACUCUUUGACCUCGUCAGAUCCUCCGGGAACCAGUUAUGAAUCAGUAGAAGAAGGCGCGAUAAGAAGAGGUCACUCGACCGCAAGAAUGGCAGGAAAAUUUGCGGCCCAGAUUAAUGCGCAUAAAUUAAUAUUAAAUCAUUUUAGCAGUCGUUAUAGAGGAUGUGAUUCCAAGAUCAUUGAGGAAAUUAGAAUGGCCGCUGUUGAAGCUUUCGGUAAUGAUCGAGUGAUUUGUGCCGAAGAUAGAAUGUUGGUGCAAAUUAAAGAAUUUAUUUCGAAUAGAACAAAUGCGCGCCCAAUAUUGAACACUUUUGCAAAUAACAUUUUCGGGCCUAACUUGUUCACCCAGCAUAUUCGCAAGAAAAGUACAAAAAUUUCUACACCAUUUGAUGCGCCUCCAUCAGUGAUGUAUUCUCCGGCAUUUCCCACAGCAAGACCGGCAGAAGGUGACAGGAGUUCAACUGCUGGUAGAACAGUUAAUGUCUCAGGAAGUGCUGCGAUGGGUUAUAGACGAUUAUGGUCAAUCUUAAAUGCAAACAAGAUUCGUCAGGAGGUACGUCGCGGAAGAUAUUAUGAAAAACCUACUAUUCGGAGGAAGAGGAUAAGACGAGAAAUUUCAGAAGCCCGUUUCAAAGAAGCAAUAAAGAAAAAGGUUAACACAGUUCUACAGAUGAAAGCGAGGUUAGUGAAUGGGGACAAUGACAUUUACAAGAUUAUUAAAAAAACAAUCAAACUAAUAUAUCGUUUAACCCCCAAACCAAAUCAGAACGAAGAAGAUCGAACACCCAUCAAUCUAACAGUUUUUUAA